CCAUUCUUUUCCGACCGGCAGAUAUAUCUCUACUCGUUUUUUCAAGUUCCCCAUUUCACUUCAUCAUCGUCUCCGAUUUCUGUCGCGACCUAGGGUUUUCUAUACUCCGAUGAAGGAUUCCAGAGCUAGGGUUUCCGAUCGAUCGAUAUCUGGUUAACUUGUUUCUCUUGUUUUCUUAGUUCUCACAAUGAGCGCCGUGAACAUUACGAACGUCACGGUGUUGGACAAUCCGGCGUCCUUCCUCACGCCUUUCCAGUUUGAAAUAUCGUACGAGUGCGUUUCGCCUCUCAAAGAAGAUCUGGAAUGGAAACUCAUCUACGUUGGAUCUGCCGAGGAUGAGACUUACGACCAACUGUUAGAAAGCGUACUUGUUGGUCCCGUUAAUGUUGGAAACUACCGUUUCGUUUUUCAGGCGGACCCUCCAGACCCAUCAAAGAUUCGUGAAGAAGAUAUAAUCGGAGUGACUGUACUUUUGCUAACCUGUUCUUACGUGGGUCAGGAAUUUGUGCGUGUGGGUUAUUAUGUGAACAAUGACUAUGACGAUGAGAAGCUAAGAGAGGAACCUCCACAAAAGGUGAUGAUCGAUAAGGUUCAAAGAAACAUAUUAACAGAUAAGCCGAGGGUCACAAAGUUUCCGAUCAACUUUCACCCUGAAAACAAUGAAAGUGGAGAGCAAGCCCCUCCACCCGUAGCAGAAACAAGUGAACAACAACCACCUAAUUCACCUGGUGGAAAUCCUUAGAGAUAAGGCGGAACCCUAAUUCUUGAUGUCAAGCAAUUGUCAGUUAGGUGUUGUUUGUUAAACAUGGAACCUUAGUUUUGGGUUUGUUGGUUUGGCAGUAAACUGUGGGGUGAUGGUUGGUGGUGGUGACAUUUUAGAAAUGUCUUUUGGUUGACAGCCAUAUGUGUAACUCUAGUGGCUUCAACUUCAAUUGAUGGCAAGAAAUCUUUUGGGGUUUGUAUGGCAAGCAGUUGGAGAAACUGAAAUCCUUAAAUGGUUGAUCGAGUUGGAAGUAAUGGGAGUAAGGGGUGUAAACGAGUCGAGUAGCAGGCUAGUCGAGCUCGGUUCAGAAAAUAAUAUUAGGCUCAAGCUCAAAUCGAGCUCGAUAAACUUUUUCAAAGUUGGGCUUGAGCUUGAUGCUCGUUUAUGAGCUGGAAUUCGAGAUCAAUUAACUCGUUUAUUUGCUCAAACUCGAUUUUAUAUUUUGAUUAUAGAAUUUAUAAACAUAUGUAUGGCUCGAAAAAGUGUAUGAUCGAAUGGUUCUGCUCGAGUCGUAUUGUAAAGUUUAAUCGAGCUUUUGAAUGAGUCGAGUCGAACAUUAAUGU